GCCGGGCCCAGCCCGCUCCGGCCCCGCCGCCCGCCCGCGACUACCUAUUGUCUCCCGGGCCGGCCGGGCGGCGGCGGCGGCCGGGGUGCGGGCUCGCCUUCCCACGCCCGCCUGCCCCGCCUGCCCCUCCGGGGAGGGCCGACGGCGAGCGGUCUGGCUGCGGCCGACCGAGCGGCUGGAGGCUGCUGGGGAGCGAGGGUGGUGUCGGCGGAACGCCGGGUCCCCUUUCCCGAUGCCGCCCUGGGUCGGAGUGGGCGCGGAGACCGCGCCGGCUCGGAGUUCGCGGUUCCUGGCUCACCGCUUGCCAAAGGGUCGUGCACAAGGAAUCUCACGGUUUACCUGAUCUCCACUUAUCCAGCCCGGUUCCUUCCCUUCCGGAGACCCAGCGAUUAAGAAGAUUGUCUACCAAAUAUAGAACAGAAAAGAUUUAUCCCACAGCCACUGGAGAAAAAGAAGAAAAUGUUAAAAAGAACAGAUAUAAGGACAUACUGCCAUUUGAUCAUAGCCGAGUUAAGUUGACUUUGAAGACUCCGUCUCAAGAUUCAGACUAUAUCAAUGCAAAUUUUAUUAAGGGCGUCUAUGGGCCAAGGGCGUAUGUGGCCACCCAAGGGCCUCUGGCGAAUACUGUCAUAGACUUCUGGAGGAUGGUAUGGGAGUACAGUGUUGUGAUCAUCGUAAUGGCCUGUCGAGAAUUUGAAAUGGGAAGGAAAAAGUGUGAGCGCUAUUGGCCUUUGUAUGGAGAAGAUCCUAUAACAUUUGCACCAUUUAAAAUUUCUUGUGAAAAUGAACAAGCAAGAACAGACUACUUUAUUCGAACACUUUUACUUGAAUUUCAAGAUGAAUCCCGUCGGCUCUAUCAGUUUCAUUAUGUGAACUGGCCAGACCAUGAUGUUCCUUCGUCAUUUGAUUCUAUUCUGGACAUGAUAAGCUUAAUGAGGAAAUACCAAGAGCAUGAAGAUGUGCCUAUUUGUAUUCACUGCAGUGCAGGCUGCGGAAGAACGGGAGCUAUCUGUGCCAUAGAUUACACGUGGAACUUACUAAAGGCCGGGAAAAUUCCAGAGGAAUUUAACGUGUUUAAUUUAAUACAAGAAAUGAGAACACAAAGGCACUCUGCAGUACAAACAAAGGAGCAAUAUGAGCUUGUUCAUAGAGCCAUUGCCCAACUGUUUGAAAAACAGCUACAACUGUAUGAAAUUCAUGGAGCACAGAAAAUCACUGAUGGUAAUGAUAUUACCACUGGAAAUCUGGUCAGCUCUGUGGAUAGUGAAAAACAAGAUUCUCCUCCUCCAAAGCCACCAAGGACUCGAAGUUGCCUUGUAGAAGGGGAUGCCAAGGAGGAAAUACUACAGCCACCAGAACCUCACCCGGUGCCACCCAUCUUGACACCCUCUCCCCCGUCAGCCUUUCCAACUGUUACUACUGUGUGGCAAGACAAUGACAGAUACCACCCAAAGCCAGUGUUGCACAUGGUUUCAUCAGAACAGCAUUCAACAGACCUCAACAGAAAUUACAAUAAAUCAGACCUCACAGGGAAAAAUGAAUCAGCUGUUGAACACAUAGAUAAAAAAUUAGAGCGAAAUUUAAGUUUUGAGAUCAAGAAAGUCCCUCUCCAAGAAGGACCCAAAAGUUUUGAUGGGAACACACUUUUAAAUAGGGGACAUGCGAUUAAAAUUAAAUCUGCCUCUUCUGUAGUUGACAAAACCUCUAAGCCACAGGAGUUAAGUUCAGAUGAUCUAAAAGUUGAUGAUGUUUCUCAGAAUUCUUGUGCAGACUGCAGUGCGGCACACUCAGACAGUGCUCCUGAUUCUUCUGAAGAAUCCCAGAACUCACACACACCACCACGGCCAGACCGCUUGCCUCUUGAUAAGAAAGGACAUGUCACAUGGUCAUUUCACGGACCUGAGAACGCCACGCCUGUAUCCGACUCAUCUGAAGGCAAAUCCCCAGAUAACCAUUCUCAAACUAUAAAAACUGUGAGCUCAACACCCAAUUCUGCAACAGAAGAGGAGACCCAGGAUCUUGUGGAUCACCAUAACGGCUCCCCUCUGAAAGCGCCGCUCAGCUUUACCAAUCCCCUUCACUCUGAUGACUCAGACUCAGAUGAAAGGAACUCUGAUGGUGCUGUGACCAAGAACAAAACUAGCAUUUCAACAGCAAGUGCCACAGUUUCUGCUGCCAGUAGCACUGAAAGUGCUUCCACUAGGAAAGUGUUGCCAAUGUCCAUUGCUAGACAGGAGGUGGCAGGAAUGCUGCAUUCAGGUGCUGAAAAAGAUGCUGAUGCAGGGGAGGAGUCGCCUCCCCCCUUGCCUGAGCGAACGCCUGAGUCGUUCGUGUUAGCAGAUAUACCUGUGAGAUCUGAAUGGCAUGAACCUCCAGAUGAGGAAUGGUCUGAACAAAGGGAAUCUGAAGGCUUGAUAACUUCUGGAACUGAAAAACAUGAUGCAGGAGGCAUCCACACAGAGGCUUGUACAGAAUGUCCGCCUACUUUCAGGGACAAGAAAGAUCAAAUAGCAGAAAGUCUAACAGAAGCCACAGAUAUUGGUUUUGGUAAUCGCUGUGGAAAACCUAAAGGACCAAGAGACCCACCUUCAGAAUGGACAUGAUUCAGGGAGCUAAAAGACACUUUAAAUUAUACUGGAAAAUUCAAGUGCCACCGAAAGCCAGAUUUAUAGUAUUCCAUCUUUAAAAUGUGGGACUAACAGCAGUGUAGAUUGUUACCUUAAUAUUUUCUGCUGGGACCAUCUACCUGCCUUAUACUACACUUAGGAAAAAGUAUUACCUAUUGUUUAUUUUGUAACUUCAAGUAUUACUGCCUUAAUGUCUCUUAACCCUGUUACAAGCUGCUUGUAGACCUGUUAAUAUAGUAAUACUUUUAUGAUAAAUUGAGUUAAAGGACUACUCUUUUGCUGUUUUAUCAUGUAUGCAUUAUUUUGUAUAUGUACAGGGCAAGUAGGUAUAUAAUUUGAUAAAGUUGAAGUCAUAAAAUAUUAUUAACAGAAGAUGUAAGAAUUUCUGCAUGGUCUAAGUCUUUGUGUACCUUACUUGUAAAUUAUUUGCCCUGAAGUUUUAGAAAACAGUUUCUGAAUUUUAAAAUUGCUGGAAUCAUGCAGCCAGCAUUGCAGGUUAUCAGAGAUCAAAGAUUGUAAUAAUAAUACAUUUUGUAAAUUGUAAGCAAAAAGUUAUUUUUAUAUUAUAUACUGUCUAAUUGUCCAUCCUAAUGGUUCUUGUUUUCAUCUAGUCAUGGAGAUUCAGUAAGUGCCUUGGAACAAUAUUGAAUUCUCUUAGCUCGUGUGUGUUACUUUAAAAUUUGAAUUCAACUGGGAUUAGAAGACUAUCAGAGUACAUGUAUGUUUCAGGAUAUUUGACCUGCCAUUAAAAACAAACAGUUUUACACUGCUA